UCUUCCCAUCCUUGCCUAAACUAGGUCUGGUGUUUCCGUGCUGUCGUGAAGAGUGGCUGCCGCUCGGGGUUCGGGUCGUCAUGGCUGGUUACGAAUACGUGAGCCCGGAGCAACUGGCUGGCUUUGAUAAGUACAAGUAUAGUGCUGUGGAUUCCAACCCACUCUCUCUGUAUGUCAUGCACCCGUUUUGGAACACUAUAGUAAAGGUAUUUCCUACAUGGCUGGCUCCAAAUCUGAUCACCUUUUCUGGCUUUCUGCUGGUUGUAUUCAAUUUCCUUCUUAUGGCAUACUUCGAUCCUGACUUUUAUGCUUCAGCGCCGGGUCACAAGCAUGUACCUGAUUGGGUUUGGAUUGUAGUGGGCAUCCUCAACUUUGUAGCCUACACUUUAGAUGGUGUGGAUGGAAAGCAAGCCCGCAGAACUAAUUCCAGCACCCCCUUAGGGGAGCUUUUUGACCAUGGCCUGGAUAGUUGGUCAUGUGUUUACUUUGUUGUAACUGUGUAUUCCAUCUUUGGACGAGGAUCAUCUGGUGUCAGUGUUUUUGUUCUUUAUCUGCUGCUAUGGGUUGUUUUGUUUUCUUUUAUCCUGUCCCACUGGGAAAAGUAUAACACAGGGGUUCUCUUCCUGCCAUGGGGAUAUGACAUUAGCCAGGUGACUAUUUCUUUUGUCUACAUAGUGACUGCGAUUGUGGGAGUUGAGGCCUGGUAUGAACCUUUCCUGUUUAAUUUCUUAUAUAGAGACCUAUUCACUGCAAUGAUUAUUGGUUGUGCAUUAUUUGUGACUCUUCCAAUGAGUUUAUUCAACUUUUACAGAAGCUAUAAAAAUAACGCCUUGAAACACAAUUCAGUCUAUGAAGCUAUGGUUCCCAUCUUUUCUCCGUGUUUGCUGUUCAUUUUGUCUACAGCAUGGAUCCUCCAGUCACCUUCAGAUAUUUUAGAGAUACAUCCUAGAUUAUUCUACUUUAUGGUUGGAACAGCCUUUGCCAACAGCACAUGUCAGCUGAUUGUUUGUCAAAUGAGCAGUACGAGAUGUCCAACUUUGAAUUGGUUGCUGGCUCCUCUCUUCUUGGCUGUCAUGGCGGUAAACUUAGGCGUCUCCGCUUACACUGAGAGCAUUCUUCUGUAUACACUAACAGCUGUUUUCACUCUGGCCCACAUCCAUUACGGAGUGCGUGUGGUAAAGCAGCUGAGCAGCCAUUUUCAGAUUUACCCCUUCUCCUUGAGGAAACCAAACUCAGAUUGACUAGGAAUGGAAGAAAAGAAUAUUGGCCUGUAAUCUACAGAAGGAAGUACUGUAAAUAAGAUGCUUGUAAAUAUUUCAUCCAUCACCAUCGAACUAAACUGAUCUGCUUAACAGACAUGGGAACUCUGUGUGGUACUUGUACAGAAGGAAUGAUAUAUAUAAUCUGAAAUGUGGAAUUUUGAACCUACUGACUCCCAGCUUACUUUAUUUUUUAUAAAACCAUGUGAUGUCUUGGUUAAGCAUAAUGUACAUUAGACCAGCAAAAUGUUUCUAGUGAUUUUAGCUUCAUGAGUCCAUAAUGUUUUGGUUCAUACUGAGUUAAAGAUGCUUUAUUUUUAUUAUUUUUAAAACCCCCACAUUGGUUUAGAGCACUGAUACAGUUUUCAUAUUUGGUACUUAGUAGGCAUAGUUGGUCGCUAGCUAUGGAAGCUAUCAGUAGUCCACAUGUAAUGUAGGGAAAAGAGCAAGUCUCCUUCAGCAAGAGAUGCCAAAUGAUUACAGAACAGUAUACAGGUUUGCCAAAUACUGGUUUCUCUUUCCCAUGGAAAUGCCUUUGUCCUCAUGUGCUAAGAGAGCUAAUAUAUAUAUAUUUAGAUUCUCUAGUAUUCUGACUCUCUUUGUUACGGAAUGGAGCGUGGUAAAUGGGUUAGUUUUCUUUUAAAGAAAAAUAUUCUAUUGAGACGCGGUAGAGAAUGGAUUGUAAUUACAGCUUCCCCAUUGGCAUGGUUCAUUGUUUAAAUGUGGCAUUUCCCCCCCAACCUCAGCUGCAAGAUGCUGAGAUUUGGUGCCUGUAAACUGUGAUUAAAUGAGUGCACGUGACUGUGUGAGUCUUAUGGUAAUUACUUGUGAGGAACACAGAUAAACUUCCUUAUUAGAGAAAUUUACUUUGGAGUAGGAAUCUCAUGAACCUCGCUGUGAAAUCACUACCGUGAACGUCACUACUAAAUUAGUUUUCUGAUUCAGUUUGUCCUUCUUUCCUUCCUUCCAUUCUCUCUCCCUCUGUCUCUUUUUUGUGGAGGAGAGAGUGCUGGGUUUUUUAAAAAUUUUAUUCAGGAAAAGAAAUAGGGAGAAAUUCUCUCUUCUCCAACUUGCCCACCUCCCCACUUGAAGAAAAUUUUUAUAUGUAUGCCUUAUUGAGUACAGUCUCUUUAAUAUAACUUGGAAUAAUUUUUGAGGUUUACUGACAAACAUCAAAAUACCUUUGAUUUUAAUGUGGUUGUUUUAUAGAUCACACCUUUUCAUGAAUGUGGAUAUUUCCUUUUAUUUCUUUUCGACUUUGUCUCUAUUUACUUUGGUGGUGGUGAAACUUACUUUUUAAAAAAUUUUCCACUGAAUGAAGUUUGUGCUUGAAUGAAGAGUGUAUCUUAAACCCUUUUUUUGGAUGGAUUGCACUUGGAUAAAAUAGGCACCACUGUGUUGAUAUGUAAUUAAAUUCAUAACCUUAUUUAUCUAUGAAUGUGACCAUUUAAAAAUUUAAUUAUAGUGUAUUCCUUUGUUGAAUUUCUGUCUGCUGCUUUGUAAAAAUAACUACGUAAUUGAUAUUUCAAUUUUUAAAUUUGUAAAUUCCAAUAAUUGUCGCCUAGGUUUGUAGAAAUGAGGAGUCAAGGAGCUAACUCAUGGUUCUGUACUGAUUUUAAAAAAUGUUUGGAAAGGUUGAGGUCUAUGCAGUGACUUUCUCUGUGCCGAAAAUGAUCACUGAAAAUAGGUGGAAAAUGUGGGUAGUGAUUCUAUGUUUGUUGUUAAGGUGCCAUGAUUGAGGUCAGAGAAUGAGACAGUUCAGGGAAGGUAAUGCCCUUGUUUGUAUACCUUGUUCUGUGUCAUCUGCGAAACUGAAAUGGACAAAGUGUUCGUUUGGUCUGGGAACAGAGCUUUUUCUUUCAAGUUUCUAAGCUAGUCAUUUUACUGUUUUGUUGACCUUGUACAGAAGAAUGAAAUUAAUCUGCAUGAUAAAAGAAAGGAACUGAUAAAUAUUUAUAAAAUGACACAUUUGGACCACAGGCUUUCUUCAUCUUUUGUAGUAAAGUAAGGAAAUACUUGUUUCGGGCAAAAAGGUCAUGUCCUGUAAUUUUGGGGCUUUUACCUCAAACUGUGUUUCUGCUCUCUUUCUGUUGCAUCAGGUUUAUUUGAAAAUUGUUUUGUGCCUAUGCUUUAUGGCUUAUUUCCCUAUAGUGGUCAAGAAUUAUGCCAUAGUCAGUUUUGUUGACAUCCUUAGAUGAAAGAAAGGUGGUGGUCAAGCGGAAGCGAAACCGGGUAAUUAACCGUUUCGGAACACUGUGAACCUGUGCACCUGUCGUGUACCGCAGACUCUUGUUCUUGGUUUAGUCUGCCGUCUUGAAAGCGCCCUGUUGUUGUAGUGAUGGGAUGCCUGAAGCAGGACUUAAUGACAAAGAGCUCUGUUCAUUUAUGCCAUGCCAAUUAUCAAAACAUUUCCAAAGUGUACAAGCUAUUUCAGGCUUAUGCAUGAUAAUUUGGGGUGAGUUCACACCCCAGCCUUUCUCCCAGUGUACACUGAGCUGCCUUUUGGGGGAUGGUUGGUCAUCCAUACAUGUGUUCUGUACAUUUCAGAAUAGAGUGCCUUAGCCAGGCCAGAGGUUUGCUUUGUGUUUCUGGUGACCAAAGUUUCCUAGACCUGUCAGAGAAGUUUCUUUUCAGGUUAUGGUAUGAAAAAUGUCCUUUCUUGCUUGUCAGAAAAUAAUUCCCCUGCAUAUGAGGGGGCGUGGGAUAGAAAAAGCUGAAAAUACCCCGAGAGAGUGUGUUAAUGCUGCCUUUUAUGAUCCUGUAAUGGCAUGAUCUUAGUGCAAUGCACAUUUUAAAAUUGUUACAGUUUAAAUAGCCAUUCUUCCACUAAUAAGGAAUAAAUAUAGUUUAUGGGUUUUAGUCUAAAGGGUAAUAGAGUGAAUAACUUCCACGUAAACUAAAUAGUCUUCCUUGAUAUUUAAUAAUAUCAUGGUUAGCAUAUUUUAAUUUUAAUUAAAAUGAAAGUUAAAUGCUGAUUAUGGUCUAGAAUGUUAUAGUACUACUACCAACACGUCAUUUGUUAUAGUAUAGAGCUAUUGGGAAGAGUUGCCCAAAUUCUAAAUUAAAUACCAAAAGAGUAUUGAUCAUGAUGUGGGGCCUGGGCAUUGGGCAAAUACGCAAAGGAAAAAGCACCAUAAUAUCUGCUUUAGAGGACGGGACAUCCUAGUGCCUAGUGCCCUCAGGGCCCAAUGGCUUAAAUAUAAUGCACAAUCUUAAAUUGUCAUAAUUGAGCUCAUCAUUCCUCUACUAAUUUCAAAUUCAAAGUUUCUUAAGUGUUUAAUUUUCAAAGAAUUAGUUUAUUUUGUAGUCAGUCAUAAAGCAUUUGGAAUGUACCUUGCUUUCCAAAGGAGACUUUGAUGCUAUAACCUAUGAAGAAUAAAAAGAUAAUCUGAAGGUGCUUGAAUCAAAGCCUACUUUCCCUCUUAUAUUUUCACUAGAAGUCUAUUUGUAGCUCUUCCUCUUUGGUCUUCACCUGGGUUUCGUUUUAAUUAGCCACCACCUAGGACUAGCCCUUCACCUAGGGAUGCCCAGUUGCUGUGUUGCUCUUGGAUUUUUCCCCAUUCAAAUGUCUUUGAUUGCCUUAGAUAUCUUGUUGAGUCAAGGACUGGGAAUGUGCCAGAGGGAACAAGGUAAACCUGAUGGACUAGAACUUUUGACUUUGGGUCCCUAAGUCAGCGAAAACCAGGUAUGGACAUGUUUGUUUGAUUCCUGUGUUCCGAGUGGCCUUCGUCUCGACCUCAGUGCUGGACUUGACUGAGCACCCUUAAGAAAUUAAUGAAGUUACACUAGAAUUUUCUCUGUCCUCUGAAAUUUCUUAGUGAGACAGCAUGCCCUUUCUUCAUACCUUGUGGCCGAAUAACCUCGUGGCUGCCAGUGCUAGAACCUUCCAGGAAUUUUAACUAGUAUGCUGCAUUGGAAGCACUUUGACAUGCGUACUUAAGGUGACAGUUUUAACAAUAAAAUGGUGUUAAAUUAAUCACUGUGAAACUUGAAAGUCUGAUGCUUUGCAUUUUAGUAAACUUAAGUAAAUUCUGAUUUUCCUUUAUUAAUUAUGAGGCCCACAUGAUUUGUGUGUUUUACUUUUCACCUUUGAAGUGGUACAGAUGACCGACAUUGGCAGGCAGCUACUUUUAGGGUAUAUUGUAAAUCAUGGUUGUUUAACUUUUCCAGAGAAAGCGGCGAUGUGUUUACUUCUUCCUUGCGUGGAGCCAUGGGAAUUGGAUUUAUUGGCUAAUUCAUUUCCAGUGUUUCUACAGUGCAAAAUAAAUGUAACCUUAUUUUUUAACCUGCAUGCUAGUAAGAUGCUUUGCUUUUUAGUAAACAAAUAUGCAAGAAAUAGUAAUCUGGCUGAUUUUGGUUUUUUGUUUGUUUUUAAAGUGCUUCAAAGGGACCGGCUCUUUAUAGAGACAGACCUUAAAUAAGCUAAUAUUUAGGAUAGCGAAAGCAGUUUUUCCAUUUGUAGCCCUCUCACAGGUGGCUUAUAGCAUUUGGUUAGAAAGGCCAGGUUCCCAGCAUUGGAAAGUGGCACAUGAACUGAUGUUAGGAUACUUUAAAAAGAGCUUGUCUCCUUAGGAAAGUCCGUUUGGACACAGCAGGAGUGUCUGGUUUUCCACAGACCGUUCACAUUGCCUUACUCAUCACAGAAGCAUUCUUAGAAGACCAGGCCAAAUUGAAAGGGUGCUGUUUUCAGAGCGCGUGAGUUGGCCCAUGGCCCUAGAGCACCUAAUGCCACACUGAAAGCAGAGACAGGUUUGAAGACACAAGGACUAGCUAAAUGCUAUGGGUGCCUUAUGGCUCUUUGGCUACAGUCUUCUCUUGAGCAGUUUGUAUGGGUAACGAUUAGAAUUAAUUUUUUAACUUAAAACAUAUACUAUUCUCCAUGAAUUUUAGAUUCUAGUAUUCUUUUUUUUUUUUUAAAAAAAAAAGACUUUAUUUCCUUUUAGAGAGAGGGGAAGGGAGGGAGAGAAGCAUGUAAGAAAUACAUCAAUUAGUUGCCUCUUACACUCCCCGCCAACUGGGGACCUGGCCCGCAACCCAGGCAUGUGCCCUGGCUGGGAAUUGAACCAGCAACCUUUUGGUUUGCACACCAGUGCUCAGUCCACUGAGCCACAACAGCCAGGGCUAGAUUCUGAUGUUCCUUUUGAGUACUUUUUGUUAACUGAGGUAAGCUCUUGAUCAGGAAUAUGUUUAGUUAGUACUUGAUGUUAUUAACCAGGAGCCUAUUUUAAUUUUACACGAUGUAUGAAUACUGCAUUAUAAAUCUGUUUAAAAUACUGGUAUCAUUCAUUAUCAGACAAACACACAAAAAAGACUGACCACAAUAUUAACAUUUUUUGUAGGGUAUUUUCUUUAGACAACUUACUCCAUUAGAGCAGCCAUUCAGGAGACAAAGACCCAGCUGCAGAUGUUAUUUACUCAUUCUGAACUGUGCCAAGAAAGUAGAAUUUAGUGUUAAACUCCAAAUUUCAACUGUAGCACUUCCCCUGGGUAAAGGGGAAGGCAGGAAAUGAAUAAUUGCUGAGAUGUGGGUGUAAAUUCCCGGCUGCCCUCUUUUCCCCUUCCCCUCCCAUCUAAUAUAAUAGAUUUGUAGCCAAUUGUAGAGGAAGAAUUGGAUACUUUCUGAGUAAGAUUAGAUGCCCAGUGACUAGGUGGCAGGAAUCAUGGCUGAAUCAAUUACUAAGUUGUUUAUCUUGGUCCUGUUGCAGUUUGCUUUUGUAGUAUUCUGAAACAAAUGGACAAUUCCAUCCCUUCUCAGGUACAUAGAAACAAUACCACUGGAGCAACUGGAAUAUAUUUGCUACACGUAGAAUAUACUAGAGAAGAUGGUGAAGAGGAGCACAAAAUCUUAUUUUGCCCUUUCAGGUAGUUUAAUUGAACCUAUUAGUAAUCAGUCUGUCUAGGACUUACUGUGUUCAUAGUAAAUAAUGUAGCACUUAUUUUGUCUGGUUGUAUAUGGGGGGGGUGUGUAUAUACAUAUUUAAUAUGUACACACCUGUCCUCUGUGCAUAUAUAUGUAUGAUGUAUAUGUAUAUACAUGCAGUCUACUCUUGAUUAUCAGCGAAGUGGUGAGCCCGCACUGCACCUCCCCUGUGUUGACGUAACCUGCGUGUAGCCCCUAACUCUGUGAAGCCUCUUCCUCAUCGGAGCCCCAGUCUUUCCUCUCGUUCACCUCAGUCCCCAGGAAAGGCCCUUGAAGUGAGUCACGUUCCAUUACCCUUUCACCAGGGAGUGUGUGAGCCAGAAGGACAGCUUUUGAGAAAGAUGGCUGCCGCCAUGAGGGUUGGGGCUUCUGGGUCUGGAGACAGUGGGGGCCCGUUCCUGGCCAGAAGGCAGCUCUGGGAGCAACUCUGCUCCUGGGUUCGAUGGUGGGGAGUCUAGCUCUCACAGAAGCGGGGCAUCACAGCCUUUCUCAAAGGCUUUAGCUGGAAUGUUGUGAAAUCUUAGAUAAGUCUUUGAUGUACGAGUAGAGUACAACCAUGUAUGUUACUGAUAUUUUUGCAUCUCGGUACUGCUGUUCCCCGUCGCUAGCCCAGAUAAUCAAGAGCCGACUGUUUCUUGCCACUGGAUUCUGGAAGCCUUGUCCUUUCAACUGGAUUUAUGUUUAUUUCUGCUGCUGUGAAACCCAAAAGUAAUG